CUUUUAUUGUUCUUGUCAAAGGCACGUGCAGCAACUUCACUCCGGCUGUCGAUCGUGUAAUAACAAUACACGGCCUUGAAGCUUGAAGACGCGAAAAACAGCAACGGCACAGUGCAUAUACAGCUCCCGUCGUCGUCAUGGUCAGGGUGCCAGCCGUGCCCUCAUCGUCGCCGCGUAGCCUUAGCGGCUGUCGACCAGGCCUCUUGGAUCCAACCCAACCCCAGCGACUUUUGCGGUAUUCCACGUCCCAGAUUUCAUUCGCAUCAUUCAAUCCUCGCGCUGCGACAUCUCAGGCGGACCUCCCCGACUUUCGCAAGCUAUCGUUGCAGGAAGAACUGUACAAUGCCAAACGCGUCGUGAUCGAGACCAACGCUUCCGGCGAGUCCUUCUGGCGAUUCGUGCCCCGGGCUCAUUUGGAUGAGGGAGUGUCGGACGAGGGAACAUGGCCUCGCGUAGUGAAUUUGUGUGGUGAACUCGUCCAGCUGAGCCAGGACCAGUGGGACAUUUACAAGCUGGAUCCUUUCUACGAAUGCCGAGUAUGCCUACCCCCUGCUUACACGAUCAUUUCUAUCGCGCCUCCAAAACUCUCACCGCCGUCACACAAGCCCAACGGUAAACGCCACCUUUCUCCCGCCCUUGACAACGCGCCCCCGCCUUCAAAUCACCCAAGAAAUACCGACGAUGCCCUUCUUUCUGAAGAAGAAGAUGAAGUUGAAGACAUGAUUAUUGACGAUGAGCCACCUCCUCCCCCUCGACGAGCAAAAUCUGCAGUCCCAAGACGGGAAGAAAUGAUGAAGAAAAGAAACGAACGCCGAGAUAAGAAUACUCAUCGAGAGGAGAAAUUAUCAUCACCUCUACAGCCUCCCUUCGACUUCACUGGGUAUGCUCCAGCACCAACUACUCCGACUCCAAAGGUCAAGAGAAAAGUCCAAAACGUAUUCGAGUCGUUGACAACACCUCCUGAUCCUGAUUACUCUGAAUCUUCAGAGCAAGCACGACGCCAAACGGCAACUUAUGAGCACGUCUCGUGGACAAAGCGAAAUCGUACUGUUUCUCCUGCUGAAGCUAGGCGGCACUUGGAUCACAAUAGGACAACGCGGCAAAGGCGAAAGGAGGAGAAAAUACGGGCGCAAAUGCAUCAGCAUAACCAACGGUGGCAGAGUGAACUUAUGCCGGACAUCUAUGAUGAACUUGCACGGAAACAGGCGUCUUUAUCUCCAGAACGUCAUUUUUAUCCAGAAACUUAUCCAGAACCAGUCGAAGAAGAGCCCGAAGACAUACCAGAAGAAGGCAGUCCCUGCCAGGGACGGGACGAACGCGCUGAGAGGGAAGCCUCCAUCGCAGCGUCGCGUGCAAAACUGGCGGACCUGGAAGCUGACAGACCAUUAUGGGAAGCUGCGGCCGAGGCGCGAAAGCUUCGGGAACAAGCUGAAGAGGAGGCGCACCGAGCUAAAGUGGAAGCUAGGCGACAGGCUGAAGAAAGUCGCAUAGCAGAACAGCGGGCAGAGAAAGCUCGCUUGCGAGAAGCUGAAGCCCAUGCACGCGAGGACGCUGCAAGGAUGGAACGUGAGGCAGCCGAGCAACUGGAAUACGCGUGGCAGCAGCGUGAGGCUAGGUGGGACACAGGACACUGGACGCCUGCCCGUGCUAUAGCUCGUUACAAAGAGUACAGCGAACUGUUUGAUGCGAUGAAAUUUUCUGCAGAUCCUCUCGAGUUUAGAAAAGUCCCUUGGCCAGUGCUACAGAGGCCCAGUAGAUUGUCUACCGAGGAUAUCGAUUGGGGCAAAGUGGAGAAAUUCUUUGCCGAGGCGAAGACAAUCAUGCGACAGGCAGAAUUUAGAGAAUUCGUUGAGAAGAGUCAUCGACGAUUUCAUCCUGACCGGUGGCGGUCAAGAGGUGCACUCAACAGUAUCGUGGACGAGGUUGCGAGGUCAUGUUUAGAAGUUGCUGCGAAUACUGUGGCGCAGGCACUGACGCCUUUGUGGAAAGAGGUGAAGCGGUGACAGAAGGGACAGUCGACUUUGACAGAUUUAUAGUUUUAAGAUA